AUGGAUAGUGAGCACGUUCCAGCCCGAGAAACCGAACCCACUCCAGUCUUGUGCACACAGUGUACAGCUGUCCCCACUGCUCCCCGGAGACGCAGCCCCACUCUGGCCCCCUCUCGUGGGAACCUGACACCCUACCCAGCGGCUCCACCUGCGCUGCCUGCAAACAGGGAGCGUCCGCUUGUCAAGUGGAGGCCGGGGGCUUCCCUCUGCCGCCAGGCUGGCCUCCUCCUCAACAGCAGCAAUGCGGGCAACCUCAGCUGCGAGGCUCCUCGCAUCCGCGGCGCCGGGACAAGAGAAUUGGAGCUGGCCAUUAGAGUCACCCUUUAUGCUGUGAUCUUUCUGAUGAGCGUUGGAGGAAAUGUGCUCAUCAUUGUGGUCCUGGGACUGAGCCGUCGCCUGAGAACUGUGACCAACGCCUUCCUGCUCUCCCUGGCAGUCAGCGACCUCCUGCUGGCUGUAGCUUGCAUGCCCUUCACACUGCUGCCCAAUCUCAUGGGCACAUUCAUCUUUGGCACCGUCAUCUGCAAAGCAGUUUCCUACCUCAUGGGGGUGUCUGUGAGCGUGUCCACGCUUAGCCUUGUGGCCAUUGCCCUGGAGCGGUACAGCGCCAUCUGCCGACCAUUGCAGGCGCGGGUGUGGCAGACCCGCUCCCACGCGGUUCGAGUGAUCUUGGCCACGUGGCUGCUGUCGGGAUUGCUUAUGGUCCCCUACCCUGUGUACACCGCUGUGCAGCCGGUGGGGCCUCGUGUGCUGCAGUGUGUGCACCGCUGGCCCAAUGCACGGGUCCGCCAGACCUGGUCGGUGCUGCUGCUCCUGCUCUUGUUCUUCGUCCCCGGAGUGGUUAUGGCGGUGGCCUACGGGCUCAUCUCCCGUGAGCUCUACUUAGGGCUUCGCUUUGACGAUGACACCGACAGUGAGAGACAGAACAGGGUUCGAGGCCAAGGAGGUCUGUCCAGAGGGUCUGCACCAGGUCCUGUCCACCAGAAUGGGCUUUGCGGGCCUGAAUCUGGCCUGGCAGGUGAGGACAGCGACGGCUGCUAUGUGCAACUUCCACGGUCGCGGCCAGCCCUGGAGCUGUCGGCCCUGACAGCGUCCACCCCUGCACCAGGACCUGGCCCCCGGCCCACCCAGGCCAAGCUGCUGGCUAAGAAGCGCGUGGUGCGGAUGUUGCUGGUGAUUGUUGUGCUUUUUUUCCUGUGUUGGUUGCCAGUGUACAGCGCCAACACGUGGCGUGCUUUCGAUGGCCCGGGUGCGCACCGUGCCCUCUCGGGGGCACCCAUCUCUUUCAUCCACUUGCUGAGCUACGCCUCGGCCUGUGUCAACCCACUGGUCUACUGCUUCAUGCACCAUCGCUUUCGCCAGGCCUGCCUGGACACUUGCAAGCGCUGCUGCCCCAGGCCUCCUAGAGCUCAUCCCAGGCCUCUCCCUGAGGAGGACCCUCCUACCCCCUCCAUUGCUUCCCUGUCCAGGCUAAGCUACACCACCAUCAGCACGCUGGGGCCUGGCUGAGGGGUGGGGUGUGCAGCUGAGGCUGGAUAGCAUCCCUAUAAGCACAGCUACAUCCAGACGCCCAAGAAACUCAAACCACAGUUGACUAACACCUGACACCAUGGACUAACCCAACACACAGGAAACAGUGGCAGUCCUGACACAAAAGGAACUGGAACACAGCCUCACACAGAAAGGCCCCAGGGCCUCCCUAGAGACAUGGCAGUGAUCUUGACAGGCCAACACAGCAUCCCUAACAGCAGAUGCAAGCUGGGAAUUCCUAACAGCUGACCUGUCCCUCAAUGCCCAUGUACAUUAGUGCCUCUGAUUCUCUGGCACAGGGCUGAUUUGGGUUGUUCCACGCUGUCCUCAGUUUGACCUCACAAGACCCUUCCCCGACUAGCACUGAAAACACCAGCAGGCCUAAAACCUCCCCAACCAGCAGGCUGUCAAGCACUGAAAAGUCUCUUCAUCCCUUUCCAGUUAAGUACUGCAGCCCUGCCCCCUCAUCUUCACCAGACCUCUUGAAGUAACAAUAAAUGACUUGGCCUUCUCUGUGACCUCCUUUCAGGACUUUCUUGAGGCAGGUGAAAAGAUGUGGGAUUUGGUGAAGUCCUUCCUGUCAGGUCCCUCCCACAGCUGUCCAUUCCUGUGUACUAUUUCUACCAAAAAGCCUAUGUGCAAGGCUAGAUGGGGCUGGUGCAGUCUCUCAGGAUUGUCAUCCUGGGCCUACCUAGUGGCGCAGGAGCUGGGAGUCGGGGUGGGAGGUGGGAUAUCUCUGCACAUCAGGGUCACUGCACCAUUCUCCCCUAUGGUGCCAUUGUUAGGGUACUAUAUUAAUGGAUGCUAACUAAAGUUUUGAUAAAAGA